AUGGCCACCGUGAGAACGGUGGCGCAAUUGCUGACUCCCAAGCUUCCCCCAACCAAGAACGAACCGGUGCAAAACUUUACUCGUAACGACACGAAGGAAUGGGACUUGUUGAGAGCCCUGAUCUCGAAGUUCACCAUCGGCCUGGCGCUCGAAGUGCCCUUGGUCAUUGGCGGCGAGAAGAUCUACAAGCCGGCGAAAAAGCCCCAAGUGAACCCCGCCAAGCACGAGCAAGUGCUUGCCUCUGUGUCGCAAGCCUCUGACACUGACGUCAAGGCGGCGAUUGAGGCGGCUAAGGACGCGAAGGCGGCGUGGGCGGCGACCCCGUUCUCGGACAGAGCCGCCAUCUUCUUGAAGGCCGCCGACCUUAUUCUGACCAAAUACCGCUACGACAUGCUUGCGGCGACGAUGUUGGGCCAAGGGAAAAACGUCUACCAAGCCGAGAUCGACUGUGUCGCCGAACUCGCCGACUUCUUGCGCUUUAACGUCGAGUACGCGCAACAGAUGUACGCCCAGCAGCCCGCCGAGACCUCCCCCGGCGUGUGGAACCGGGCCGAAUACAGACCGUUGGAAGGGUUUGUCUACGCCGUCACUCCGUUCAACUUUACCGCCAUCGCCGGUAACUUGGUCGGGGCUCCUGCCCUUAUGGGUAACACCUGUGUGUGGAAGCCCUCGGCUGCCGCUGCCCUCCUGAACUACCUCUUGCUCGGGAUCUUAGAGGAAGCCGGUUUGCCCAAGGGUGUCAUCAACUUCAUCCCCGGUGACCCCGUCGAGGUUACGGACGUCGUCCUUGCCGACCGCGAGUUUGCUGCCUUGCACUUCACUGGUUCCACUCAAGUGUUCAAGAAGUUGUACGGCGACAUCAACCGCAACGUCGCUGAAAACAAGUACCGCGACUACCCGAGAAUUGUCGGUGAAACUGGUGGUAAGAACUACCACUUGGUGCACCCGCUGGCCCUGGUCGACCACGCGGUGUUGCUGUCCGUGAGAGGCGGUUACGAGUACCAAGGGCAGAAGUGCUCGGCUCUUUCGAGAUUGUACGUUCCCGAGCUGAUGUGGCCUGAAUUCAAGGAGAAGUUCGUUCUGACUGUGGACAAGAUCACCAUCGGCAACUGUGCCACUGCUGAAGGGCUCAACAACUUCAUGGGCCCCGUCAUCCACGAACAGCUGUUCACCAAGUUGAGCCGCGCCAUCGACGAGGCCAAGCUGGACCCCGAGCUUGAGAUCCUCACCGGCGGGUCCGUCGACAACUCCACCGGUUUCUUUGUCCAGCCCACGUUGGUGCAGACCUCGAACCCCGACCACCACUUCAUGAAGACCGAGUUCUUCGGCCCCUUGGUCACCGUCUACGUCUACCCGGACCAGGAGUACUCGCUGAUCAUCAAGAAGAUCGACACCACCAACGAGUACGGGUUGACGGGUGCCGUGUUUGCCACCGACCGGGCUGCCAUCCGCGAAGCUGAGGAAGGCUUGAGAUACGCCUCGGGCAACUUCUACAUCAACGACAAGUGCACCGGGGCCGUGGUCGGCCAGCAAUGGUUCGGCGGCGCCAGAGCCUCGGGCACCAACGACAAGGCCGGGUCGGGCAACAUCUUGCUGCGGUUCGUCCUGGUGAGAAACAUCAAGGAGAACUUCUACGAGUUGACCGACUUCAAGUACCCUUCCAACUACAAGUAA